AUGGCCCUCCUGCCUUUUUUGCUGACUGCCCUGGUGCUGUGCUGUUAUGGGCUUGCUGGCUCUCUGGGCUGUGACCUGCCUCAGAACUCUGUUUUGCUUUGCAAGAAGACAUUUGUGCUCCUGGGCCAGAUAAGAAAAAUGCCCCGAUCUUUGUGCCUGAAGGACAGAAGCAACUUUCUACUCCCCCAGAAGAUGAUGACUAGCAGCAAGUUACAGAAGGCCCAGAUGGUGUCUGUUCUGCAAGGGACAUUACAGCAGAUUCUUACUCUCUUCAACACACAGCUCUCCUCUGCUGCCUGGAAUGCAACCAUCCUGCACAAGCUUCACACUGUGCUCCAUCAGCAGCUGGAAGUCAUGAAGACCUGCUUGGUGCAAGUACUGAGAGAGGAAGGAUGUGUCUUGGCAAUUCAGAAUCCAAUCCUGGCCUUGCGGAGGUACUUCCUGGGCAUUCGCCUCUACUUGGAAGACAAGAAAUACAGUGACUGUGCCUGGGAAAUUGUCAGGGUGGAAAUCAUGAGAGCUUUCUCUUUGUCAGCAAAGUUGCAAGAGAAGAUAAGAAGGAUACAGAAUUGCUGA